AUCAUCGAAGAAAGACAUCACACGAUUGUCGUUAGACUGUCAUGUUACGCGUGACAUACACACGCCGUCUCCACCGAUCAGGUUCCGGUAGACUCUAGAACUUAACUCCUCCUUAGUUCUCGCUUCUCCUCCAAGUUCGCAGCAGCAGCAGCAAGCAGCAGCCGCAGCCGCCACGAAGCCAAGCCCGUCGCCGGAUUCGACGUCGAUGAUCUGAGAGACGCCGGUCGCCGGAGAUCGAUGGGAUUCUUCAAGGGAGCCAGGUCCGCGCUCGACGCCUUCCGCAAUCUCGCUCGGACCUCGGCGCGAUUCCAGCAAGGCCCGCGGAUCCGCCGGGCCGGGCAGUCGGGUCUCGCUUCCGGCGCGUCGAGACUCGCUCCCGACGUCGCUCCGUGCCUGCCUCUGGUUCCUCGCCGGUUCGGCUACUACGGCGGGAUCGGCAGGAGCCAGGGGAAUCCGUUGUCGAGCGGGGCGAGGCGAUUCUACUACGUGGACCGAUACCAGGUGCAGCAUUUCCAGCCGCGCGGGCCGAAGCGGUGGUUCCGGAACCCUAGGAACGUGCUGAUCGUGGUCCUGGUGGGGUCGGGGGCUUUCGUCACGGUGUACUUCGGGAACUUGGAGGACGUGCCGUACACGAAGCGGAGGCAUUUCGUGCUCUUGUCCCGAGACCUGGAGAGGAGGCUCGGGGAGUCGCAGUUCGAGCAGAUUAAGGCUUCUUUCAAGGGCAAAAUACUGCCGCCGAUCCACCCGGAGAGCGUCCGGGUCAGAUUGAUCGCCAAAGAUAUCAUCGAGGCGCUGCAGAGAGGCUUGAGGCAUGAACAGGUUUGGCGUGAUAUAAAUUAUGCCUCCCCAGAAGCUUUUGAGGGCAGUGAGAGAGGUGCUCAUGAUACUCUGAUGGCACUGAGUGAUAACACCAGAAAGCUGGGGGAGACUUGGUCCCGGGAGGAGGAGCUUCUUGAUGAUAGGUGGGUUGACCAAAGCAGGAAGAAGGGUCAUGAGCGCGGAUCGAAGCCCACGACCUCACAUCUGGAGGGCCUCAAUUGGGAGGUCUUGGUGGUGAAUGAGCCUGUGGUGAAUGCAUUCUGCCUGCCGGGUGGGAAGAUUGUUGUGUUCACAGGACUUUUGGAACAUUUUAGGACAGAUGCAGAGAUAGCAACAAUAAUUGGACAUGAGGUGGCGCAUGCUGUGGCCAGACACUCAGCUGAGACAAUUACAAAGAAUCUUUGGUUUGCGAUCAUACAGUUGAUACUUUAUCAAUUUGUCAUGCCUGACAUUGUCAACACAAUGUCGUCUCUUUUCUUAAGGCUCCCAUUCUCAAGGAAGAUGGAGAUGGAAGCAGAUUAUAUUGGCUUGCUGGUAAUUGCUUCUGCUGGGUAUGAUCCUCGAGUGGCACCUAAAGUAUUUGAGAAGUUGGGUAAGGUGACUGGAGACUCGGCGCUUAGAGACUAUCUUUCUACUCAUCCAUCUGGGAAAAAGAGAGCGCAAUUGCUGGCUCAAGCACCGGUCAUGGAAGAAGCUCUCACUUUGUACAGGGAGGCUAUAGCAGGGCGCGGAAUUGAAGGGUUCUUGUAGGGUAUCAUUGGCAUGUACAGGAAUAAUACCCCUUAAAGAGAGGAAGAGAGAGCAUGUACAAGAAUAAUUGUUGUUUGUGGUUACUUUGGGUUAUUUUCAAUUGUUUCCCAUUUUCCUUCAACUGUAAAAACUAUUUUCUUGUGUCGUUUCGUUGUUCUA